CCCCCUUUCAAUUGUGGCGCCACAUACGAGGAAUUUGACAACUAUGAAUUUUUAUUUCUCGUGCGCGGAGGAGUAAAGUGUACCAAUUUAUAAUAUUGAAAAUAAUUGCGAUUCUCUAAAAGCUGUUGGAUAACUCUUAUUGUGUCAGACAAAAAAUAUUUAACUUAAAUGAAUGUUUAACGUCAUGAGUUCCCUUCAACAAACGAGCCGGUUUCUGCCUUUUUCUAACAGUAACAUUCAAAGAAAGCAACUAACGACUCAAGGUGGUUUACCUCAAAGUUUGAGCGGUAGCGAUACCGAUGUUUCGACUUCAAACGAAAAUUUAAGUAACGAGGAGCGCUAUGUGAUAAGACACACAGCUCGUCAGGAGCCUCAAGGUCAAGAGAAUCAGCAACAAAGUCCCUCUAGAUCUUCCAGUCACAAGGAGAACAUACCAAAUAUCCAAGGUAAUCUCUUGAAUAGAAAUAGUUUAAAAGAUAGUUUAAACGGAUCGAAUCGAAACAGUUUAAAGGAGAGUUUAAAUGGCUCGAAUCGCAAUAGUCUUAAGGACAGUAUAAACGGAUCGAAUCGCAACAGUUUAAAGGAUAAUUUAAGUAAUCGAACGAGCGUUGGUUCUAAUAGAAGUAGUCUCGAUGUCUCUACAAGUUCAUAUAAUACACUUAUUAUUCACAAUGCAAAUGAGGAAUCAUCUUGGGCGCCUUCAGGAAGAUUGUCAGGUCUCGUGAGAGACCAUGGCGAUAUGGGGUAUUUAUAUUGCGAAGGUGGAGGAAAAGGGCAUUCAAACAGCCCUACAAUGCAAUCAUUGUCAAGUUUACCACACGACGAUCAUCUCUACGAGCAAUCUGGAAAUGGUGGCUGUCAAGAAAUCACCGACAUCCCUGACGAUUAUCUCAGCCAGUCGCAGGUCCUGAAACAUCUCGCGAAGGAAGUUAAGGUGCCCUCAUACAGUAAACUGUCAGGAAAUGACAGUAGUAUUGAUAUGAGACUCAGAGAAAGUGAUCGUGGAAAGCAAACGGAUUAUGAAGAUAGACCUUCAUCGUCUUCGUACACCACGACAUUACUACCUCUUAAAAGUAAACACAGAUUACUUGGUCCCACGGAAAAAUUAACUCUCUCCCGUUCGCAGCCCGAUUUGUCCCGAAUUGGAAAAGUCGACAUGGAUAAUUACGAUCCACGAACAACUUCUCCUAGACCGCAAACAAAGGGCAGAGAAGACAUUGAGACGGCGGCCGGUGAAAUUUGGCCGCCAUCGGCAAUGGUUCAAAUAGUAAUUCAAGAGAAUAGUGCCUUAAAAUUGGAGCUCGAGCGUUGUUACAAUAAAGUGGCGAAAUCACAGAAGCUCGAGCAGGAAAUAGCAAAGGUGCAUCGUGCCCACGAGGAUUUAGCCGCAUCGUGUGAAAGACGUGAAAAACUCGAGAGAGCAGCGAGACUAAGAUUACAAAGUGAUUGUCGAAGGCUCACUGAAUUAAAUCGUGCCUUAAGGGAUCAAAUUGAUUUACUAUCAUCGCGAACCGACAAUCCACCGAUUGUCGAAUCAAUGCGGAAAGAAUUAACGCAACGUGAAUUACUCAUCGGUCAACUUAUCACUCAAAAUAAGGAACUCGCGGCGGCAAAAGAAAGGCAGGAAAUUGAACUCGCCGCGCAACGAGCAACUCUUCAGGAGCAACGAACGCAUAUCGAUAUUUUGGACACUGCUCUUACAAAUGCGCAGGGAAAUGUUGUUCGUCUCGAGGAAGAGUCGCGGAAAAAGCAAGUUUACGUGGAGCGCGUCGCCCAAUUGCAACGAGCGUUGUCCUCACUUCAAGCGUCGAGCGAUCGACGCGAAGAGACUGAAAGACAAUUGAGAGGGCAAUUGGAGAGGGAAUUGCGAGAGGGCGGAAAUGGCGGUGCACAUGGAAACGAACAUUCGGCGAAUGGCGAAACAAUUGCUGAUUUAAAACGAAGACUGAGAGAGAGGGAUGAAAAAAUUAUGUCACUCGAGGGCGAUGUCACUAAAUGGGAGCAACGCUACCUCGAGGAGAGCGCUUUGCGGCAGGCCGCUAUUGACGCCGCCAGUCUUCCAAAAGAUGCAAAAAUUGCCGCUUUGGAGAAAACGAGUCAAGACGCCGAGAAAUUAAUAGCGGAGGCACGCUCAGAAAAAAUGCGACACAUGGACGAAGUUCAUGCCGCACAAAAGAAGCUCGCCGAUCUCGAAUCCAGAAUGAAAGAUCUGGAGUCGAAAUUGGCCGAGAGGGACGCAAUGAUACGCGUUCUUCAAAAACAUACCUACGAUAAGGAUAGUAGUUGCAGUAGUGGUGUUGGUAGUUAUCCAGCUGCACACUCGUCUCAUUCCAGUACUUCGGCAGAUCAUCAUCAUACGGUAUUAACGAGUACUCCCGAACUUGUGAGCAGUGUACUGGGCGGUGGAAGCGGUUACGGAAGCACGGGAUCUUAUGGCGUGUCCGACAGUUAUAAAUACAGAAAGCAGGGAAGUUUUGAGCAAACAAAUAAGAGUCUUGACGAUCAAUUGAAGGAGCUGGAUUCACAACUACUCAGCAAGCGGGCACUUUGCUGUUUUCCAGGAUUCUCUAAUCCAGGCACUGCGUCGCGAAAAGGAAAAAUACCCAAGCCAUUACUGGCGAGUGUAAAUAGUGCAGGUAGUUCGAGUACGGCGUCAAGUAAAAGUCGUUUACUGGACGAUUCAACUGGCGAGGCAACUGGUAGUCUCAUGGAAUUUGCCGCAGCAUCGGCGACACGCUUUAAAGGUACAGUAUCAAGAUUAUCAGUGGAGAAGCCCGAGGAGAUGAUGCUACUUGAGAAGCAGGGUCGCAGUUCACAACGACAGAGAAUGCAAGAGGGCGAGCCAAGAAGAGCCGGUAGUCUACCACCGAGUUCCCUUCCACGUCCACCACGAUCAUUGAAAUCCUCAACAAAUUCACGCUACUGUCGCCUAAGUGAUUCCGAAGCGAGAAAAAAAUCAGAUCCUGGACCAGUGAUUGACACUGGAAUGAAAACAACAACAACGCGUGACUCUGGUAAUUGUACACUCGAUUACGGUAAGUUUGAGAGUAGUGCGUCGUCGAGGGCGCCAAGGAGGAAGAAGACGACAAUUUCGGAGAAUUUCGGUCAGAAGAAGGGAUCGUCGUCGUCGUCGCCUGUUUGUGAAUACGAGCGUCUUGGGGAUGUGGAUAAGAAGAAGCAAAUUUUACUCGAGGUGAAACAUCGUGAGCAACAUGGACGUUCAUUGAUACCGCCGCCAUCGCGUCGUAUCGGCGAGUACGGGAGAUUGAGCGACGGCGAUGGGAAAGUGUCAUUGAGGAAGACCGGAUUCACCAGGGGUCAGAGUACUGGGAGCACUGUCAGCAGUAAAAGUGGACGAGACUCUGGUGGCACUGCCAGUAGUGAGGCCUCUACGUCAUCACUUCCACCCACCAAGGCCAGGUCAAUACCGCGACCUAAUUAUCGCAUCCAGUUCUAAUUUUUACGAGAACGCCUAGGAAUUAGAGAAAUCGGAAUAAUUCUAAAACACUGCUUUUAUUGGAAAGAAUCCAUAAUAGGAUGGUCCAAAAAAAGUAAAAUCGGAAUUUUAAUGCUCUCACAUAUUUUAUUAAUUUAAAUAUAUAGUUAUUUUGUUAUUAAACGAAAAGGAAUGAAGAUAAGAAUAAAACAAGAAAAGAAUUAACAAAGAUUAAGAAUAAAAAAAAAAAAAAAAUUAUUUUUUCAAUGAAAGCGAUGUUUUAGAAUUAUUUUGAACUGAAGCCAUAAUAAUCUUACAGUAAGCUUCCUUAAUUACAUGUUAAUAAAAUACGAUAGUUCCACGAAUUUAAAAUGCGCCAUAAUAGUUAAAAAAAAGAAAAGAAAAAACUAAAAAGCAACGUGGACAUUCGAGAGUACGUAGUACAUUGUAUAGCGUUUAAUAAGACCUAGUCAUUACCAAAGUAAACUUCCGUGCGGACGAAAAUUUCCGUUUACCAUGUGCGCAGUAAAUGUCACUCGUACAUUUCUUUAAAGGCUCGUUCCCUAUUAGCUUACAAGAAAAAAAGAAAAGAAUUUGCGUCAAACAAAAAAGUGUCUGAUUCUAUAAAAAGAAAAAAAAAAUAUUUUGCUUUCCAUCUUUUUUUUUUAUUGAUAUCAACAAAUGCUGCCAGGUGAAAGUUUCAGAAAAAAAAUUCGACUCUUCGCCUAGAAA